CACGUCUCACUCGGCGCACUGACUCGGGCGUACGCCACAAAAGACGUCUCACUGACCCACUUGAGGGCUCUCUUUAUCGAUGUCUUGCUCACAGAGCAGGUCUUGGCGGUGGUUCGUCUGAUUCGGCCGCUUAAUAGCUGUGCUGUUCAGUCACCCGAGACGAAAAUAGGAGGGUAUAAAGCAUGGGGCUCAUCCCCGCUCCAACCACCGUAACUUUCUGCUUUCCGCUACUUCGACUUCGAGUUGACAUCACCUCAUUCCAUACCAUCCUCUCUAGAUCAGCAUGUCCAAAGGACUCGUUCUUGUCACUGGAAUCACAGGCUUCGUGGGUACCGCUGUCGCACUCGCCUUCUUCAACGAAGGAUACAGCGUCCGCGGGACUUGCCGCUCUAGAUCCAAAGCCAAGGAAUGGAUCGCCAUGUUCCCCCAGCACAAGUCUAAGUUCGAGUACGCAAUUGUCGAGGACAUUGUUACCCCGCACGCCUUCGACGAAGCGGUCAAGGGAGUGGACAUAAUCGCGCACACCGCUUCGCCGUUCCACUCCAACAUGACGGACAACGAGAAGGAUUUCCUUCUGCCCGCCAUCAUGGGGACCCGAAACCUCGUCGAAGCCACAAAACUCGAGCCAAAGAUCAAGCGUGUCGUCCUCACCGCCUCCUUCUCCUCCAUGAUCAACCUCGAGACCUUCCCUGACGUAGGAAGAACAUUUACAGACGACGACUGGAACCCAGCAACGUACGAGCAGGCAAAGACGCAUACAAUGCCCACCUUCGUCUAUUCCGCAUCCAAGGUCCUCGCUGAGCGGCUGUUCUGGGAGUUCAUCGAGAAGGAGAAGCCAUCUUGGGCCGGGUCGACGAUUUGCCCUCCCACCGUGUUCGGUCCUCCGCUCCAGAAGAUCACUUUGUUAGAUUCGCUCAACGAGUCUGCGAAAAAUAUAUGGAACGUCGUCAAUGGAUCUUUUAAAGACGGUUGCCCUCCUACGUUUGUCCCCAUCUUCGUGGAUGUUCGCGAUGUUGCGCUCGCCCACGUUAGAGCGGUGGAACGAGAAGAGGCGAAAGGGCAGAGGUAUCUGCUCAUCGGGGGUCUAUGCGCGAACGAGAACAUCGUGGACAUUGUUGCCCGGUCCCACCCAGAGAUUGCCGAUCGUCUUCCGAAAGUCGAUGUCUCGAAGGUGACGCACGAUGGUCACUUUACGUUCGACAGUUCCAAGGCGGAGCGACAGCUCGGCAUACGGUACACUUCACUUGAGGAUAGUGUGAAGGAUACGGCGGAUAGGUUGUUGGAGCUUGAGAAAAUGUUGAACUAAAAGUGCUAGAUACUAUACUAAUUUAAACGAGACUGAUGAACACUGAUACUAUUGGUCGUAUUUCUUGGAUAGUUGGCCACGAAUUGCCGGGUAACAAUCCAAACG